UGUGGAUCUCCAUCUCAUUCUUUUCAAUAUCACUUUGUGCUUCUUUAAGGAUCAUGGAGUUUCCCUCCGAUGAAGUUUUGGCAAUCAUCAUUCCCAUAGCAGUCUAUUGGCUCUACUCCGGCAUCUACCUAUUACUUGGUCCACUUGAUAAUUAUCGGCUUCACUCUAGAGAAGACGAGCAAAUCAAGAACAUGGUAUCAAAGCGAGAAGUCGCUAAAGGAGUCCUCCUCCAACAACUAGUUCAAGCUUGCGUCGCAUUCAUAACAUUCACGUUAACAAGAGAUGAGAGGUCCAUAGAAAUGGUCUCCGGCAAGAAAGGAAUCUCGCUCUUGGUGCUUGCAAGGCAGUUCUUCAUCAGCAUGGUAGUUAUCGAUACAUGGCAAUACUUUUGGCACCGGUAUAUGCACCUUAACAAGUUCUUGUACCGGCACAUUCACUCAUGGCAUCAUCGGAUCAUCGUCAAUUAUUCUUUCGGUGCACAAUACAACCACCCUAUUGAAGGCCUUCUUUUGGACACUCUCGGUGGUGCUCUCGCCUUCCUUAUCUCCGGCAUGACACCGAGAGCAUCCAUCUUCUUCUUCUCAUUCGCCACCAUCAAAGGCAUCGAUGAUCACUGCGGCCUUUGGUUCCCCGGAAACAUAUUUCAUCUCUUCUUCUGGAACAACACUGCUUACCAUGAUGUUCAUCAUCAACUCUAUGGCAACAAGUACAACUUCUCUCAGCCAUUCUUCAUCACUUGGGAUAAAAUCUUCGGAACUUACAUGCCAUACACUCUUGAGAAAAGAGAAGGAGGUGGCUUUCACGCAAAGCCUAACAAGUCCUCAUGAUCAUGCUCAUAGCUUAUAAUAUACUAAAACCUAUGAUCAAAACCUUUGAAAAGAGCUUAAAAUGUGACUCUCUUACUUAAUUUGCAUACUUUUAUGUCAUAUAUUUACAUAUACAGACUACUUUGAUCAUUAAUCAUUAAUUAUCAAUGUAUACUGUCAACUUAGUUCACGGAAUCAAUCAUCUCUUAUUUGUGAUGUAUAUAUAUGAUGAUGAUGAAGAUGUUGCCUGUUGAAUGUAUA